GAGAGAUUUGAUUCAAACGAUCUGAAAGCACUAAGAGAAAGCAAAAACCUUACAAAUUGCAAAAUUAAAAUGGCAUGUGUUGCCCGCUGUCUAUUCUCACUUUUGUUAAUUGGAUUGGCACAAGUUGUAAGAGCAGAUUACAUGGACAAACUUGCAAACAAAAAGAUCUGUGCUGAUGAGGAAUGUAGCUAUGUUAUCUCAAUUGGCCAGGUGGUUGAUGAUUACAAUGCACCAGACUGCAGGUUUCUAUACCUUAAGGAAGGACAGUUGAUAUACGUGUACUCCAAACUGGUACGAGAAGGUCAAAGUGGAGAGUUCUGGUCUGGUAGUAUUUACGGUGAUCAUCAGUAUAUGGAUCAAAUGGGUAUAGUAGGUUAUUUCCCCAGCACUUUAAUCACUGAGCAGCACAUAUUCCAGAACACAACAAUGGAACUUCCCACCACUGCUAUCGACUUCUACUGUGACUAAUGCUAAUGACCUACUCAUCAAACUGUGCAAUCAAAGAAAAAAUGCAGAACAAAUUCGAUUUAACUGAGAAGGUCUGUUCAGUUUCUUGCUGCUAAAAGCAUUA